GGCUUUUCCUCUUUUCAUCGUCUCGUUUAAUAAUUAUAUAAAUAUAUACCGUCUCCCCCUCCAAGAAACCUCCUACAAUAUUCCAGCAAGCCUAGCUUUCUUCCUGUUGAAACUACAGAUUUCAUCUUCGAGUUUAAAAUGGGCGAUAGUCAGUACUCAUUUUCUCUUACCACUUUCAGUCCUUCUGGGAAGCUUGUUCAGAUUGAACAUGCCCUAACAGCAGUUGGAUCGGGCCAAACAUCUUUAGGAAUCAAAGCUGCUAAUGGUGUUGUCAUUGCAACAGAGAAGAAGCUACCAUCUAUUUUAGUUGAUGAAACAUCGGUUCAAAAGAUUCAGAUACUAACACCUAACAUUGGAGUUGUUUAUAGUGGAAUGGGUCCUGAUUUUCGAGUUUUGGUUCGAAAAAGCAGGAAGCAGGCAGAGCAAUAUCACCGACUAUACAAAGAACCUAUCCCUGUUACACAACUUGUAAGGGAAACUGCUGCUGUCAUGCAGGAGUUCACUCAGUCUGGUGGUGUCAGGCCUUUCGGUGUAUCACUGCUGGUUGCAGGGUAUGAUGACAAAGGUCCACAAUUAUAUCAGGUGGACCCAUCAGGUUCAUAUUUCUCUUGGAAAGCUUCAGCUAUGGGGAAAAAUGUUUCUAAUGCAAAGACAUUUCUUGAGAAGAGGUAUACCGAUGAUAUGGAGCUUGAUGAUGCGGUUCAUACAGCAAUAUUAACAUUAAAAGAAGGGUUUGAAGGACAAAUCUCAGGCAAAAACAUUGAGAUUGGCAUAAUUGGCGCAGACAAAAAAUUCAGGGUACUAACCUCAGCUGAAAUUGAUGAUUACUUGGCUGAAGUGGAGUAGCUUGUUUCUGUUCUGCUGCAACUUGAAAGAUUAUCAAUUUCACUUUCCCAAAGAUAGAAAUUUCUGACAUUGGUUCUUAACAGAACUUCAACUUUUGAUGAAGCACUCACAGACUUUUAUUUUGCUUAGCAGUUGUUAUUUUUCCUUUUUUCCAUCAAUGAAAACUUAGCGGACAUGAUUGUAUUGGCGUUUCUUGCUUCACAUUAAUAACAAAAUUCCUUUGCCUGCA